CCUGUGUCCCAUGACUGACGGAGUCUGCGUCCUGUACCCGGGUUGGCACCUGCAAAUGUGAAGGAGGCGGUCCAGGAACUGGUGUUGCAGGCCUGUGGAGUGCCAGCGGGUCCGGCAUCCAGCGGUGAAGAUGAACGGCCCCAGCGCCAGGUCCAGCCACCUGUCGCAGCCAGUGGUGAAGAGUGUGCUGGUGUACCGCAAUGGGGACCCCUUCUUCGCCGGGCGCCGUGUCGUCAUUCAUGAGAAGAAGGUGUCCAGCUUCGACGUCUUCCUCAAGGAAGUGACGGGCGGUGUGCAGGCGCCCUUUGGGGCAGUUAGGAACAUCUACACCCCGAGGACGGGUCACCGCAUCCGGAAACUGGACCAGAUCGAAAGCGGGGGCAACUACGUGGCCGGGGGCCAGGAAGCCUUCAAGAAACUCAAUUACUUGGACAUAGGAGAAAUCAAGAAAAGACCAAUGGAGGCUGUUAAUACUGAGGUGAAGCCUGUUAUCCACAGCAGGAUCAAUGUGUCUGCCCGUUUCAGGAAAUCACUGCAUGAGCCUUGCACCAUUUUCUUGAUUGCAAAUGGAGACCUCAUAAGCCCAGCUUCUCGACUCCUCAUCCCUAGAAAAGCUUUAAAUCAGUGGGAUCACGUACUACAGAUGGUCACAGAAAAAAUAACUCUUCGGAGUGGGGCUGUCCACAGGCUUUAUACUCUAGAAGGAAAACUGGUUGAGAGUGGAGCUGAACUGGAGAACGGGCAGUUUUACGUGGCCGUUGGCAGAGAUAAGUUUAAGAGACUACCUUACAGUGAAUUGCUUUUUGACAAAUCAGCAAUGAGAAGGCCGUAUGGUCAGAAAGCUUCUUCUCUACCUCCCAUGGUUGGAUCGAGGAAGUCUAAAGGGAGUGGAAAUUAUCGCCAAUCUAAGUCGACCAUCGGCUCCAGUGAUAACUCAUCUCCUCAGCCUCUGAAGAGGAAAGGGAAGAAAGAUUCAAAUUCAGAAAAACCCAUAAAAGUGAAACAAAAAGUGAAGUCGAAGGAUCCCCAGCAAGCAGUCCUGAACAACGAUGAAGGCAUUUUCAAAGCUGGAACAGAGAGAUCUGAAACGAGGGGGGCAGCAGAAGUCCAAGAGGAUGAAGACACGCAAGUUGAGGUUCCUGUGGACCAGAGGCCGGCAGAAAUAGUUGACGAGGAAGAAGAUGGAGAGAAAACAAACAAAGAUGUCAGGCAGAAAGAAGACUUUUCAGCAAUGAAUGGUGAAACUGAAGAUGGAGGGGAUAGUGAGGCUGCUGAUGGCCCUAAGCAAGAGGAUGAAAUCCCAGACCACGGAGAGAAGAAGGCCAGUCCCUCUAGGGUAAAUGGUGCCACUGAUGAGGAGAAUGGCGAAGAACUGGACCAGGUUCCUGAGGAGCUUCAGCCAACAGUGGACGAGGAAGGAAAAGCCGAAGGAGACAAUAGUGGACAAGAUGAGGCUGACUUAGAUGCUGGAAGACCACCAAGACCAGAAGUGACAGUCACCAGCCCUCAAGAAAAUGACGAGAAUGAACAGAACAAGGACUCUUCUGCUGUGGCAUAGAUGGUUUUAGAGCAGGAAAUACAUGGGAUGUAAGAUCAUGCAGGGCUGUAAUACUUGAAUAAUGAACACGGCCUCUCUGUUAGGCAGGAUGUGGCAAUAUGGUGGCGCACCACCUGCUGAAUUUUAAAAAUAGAAGCUAAAUGGAAGGAAGGUUAGGUAAUUUGUAGCUCAAAGCAGAAUGACUUAUGUUUAUGUCAGAUGUUUAAAAAAUUCCUUUAGAAGAAUCAAAUAAAAGAGAGAGAGGGAUUUGUACCUUAAGACAGUUAACUACCUGUGUUUGUAAGGAAGAAAGACAAGGGCUACCUUCCAUUAGAUACUUUACUAUAGACUUGGAAGCAAGAGUAUUGGCAGCUUGUUCUAAAGCAUUUAUCUAGGAAAGUGUAGACUUUUAAAGAAUUGGUGAUAGGAAAGCAUGUAUUAUGUUCUCAAAGGAAUAAACUGUUGAAUGGACAAAUUGCAGUUUAGUUUUAGAGAUGAUUUGGAGAUGGCAAUAGAUCCAAACACUCUGAAGCUGUUGACAUUCCUUUCUUCCUUUAUCCAAGGUCCCCCUCAGACAAAGUCAGAUCACAGUUCAAGCUGUCUUCUGGGGCUUGGAACUGCUUCUCCAGGGCACUGGCAAUUGACAUCAGGUGUGCCUGCUGAGGCACACUCUCAGGCAAGAACCAGAGAGUGAGAUGUGGGAAUCCUGUGACUUUCCCUAAUCUGGUCUGUCUGUACCAGGAACAAACCGUCUCCCCCGCCUAUGUACUGUUGGAAACUCAAUAUUAGUGAAGAUUGAAUUCUUUCCAUUACUUCAAAAAAGAAUGUUUUAAUAAACACCAGGAAAUAGAAUAGGAAACAGCAAAAAGAAGAGUUUCUAACUACCCAGUUCCUUUGCUUUUUGCUAUUAUUCUGUCAGGGUUGCCAUGGUUGCAUAGGGUUAUUAUGUCCAUCCAUCCAUCCAUCCAUCUCCUAACCUUUUAGACUUACAAAAAGAUGUUUAUGUUUAGCCUUUUUUUCAUUUCAAGCAGAUUCUUUUCUAUAAAUUUAUAUUCUGUCUGAUGGAAUUGGCGAAAAAACUUAAAAUUUUCCCAUAGCACCUGAUUUCAGUUUGUGGAUGGACUAAAUUAAUGUGUUUUUAACUUAUUAGGUAUAGAUAAAGGAAAAUAUAAUUGCAUUAGUUUGAUGAUCACAGUAGAGAUGAUGCACCUCUUCCCUAAAUAUAGAAAUAUCACAUAUUUCUCAUUUUAAAGAAUAUAUUUUUACUCAUAGAAAAUUUAAACUGGAAAAUUUUAACAUCUAGUGCUUUUGUAAGAUCCAUUACUAUUGUAAGUCUAAGAGAUCAUUUUCCCUCCAGAUUUCACAACCAUCCAUCUGGGAUCAAAAUAGUUGCGAGUUAUAUAUACUAAAGUAAUAUAGAAAAUGGGUACAUGUUCCCUCAAAAGCUAUUUUGAUUUUUCUGUAAAUAGAAAAUGCGAACAGAGCCUAUGAUGUCACAGUGUUUGAGGGAGAUCAUGACACAGAGCUGCGAAUCUGGGAGGAUGGAUUUUAACUGGGGCACAAUCUGGGCUGUGCUUUCUCUGUAUGGGCUUACUUUCCCAAAUGUGACCGUACAGCACACAUGGACGGCCAGCAGGAAAUCAGAGAAGCCAGCCUUCUGAUGUGAAACACUGGGGGCUGAGGUUUCAAAUACUUUGUAAAAGUUGAACAUAAGACAUUUAACUAACUCUCAGACUGAUUCUCUUUCUCAGUGAAGGACAUUUUUCCUUAACAGAGCAUUACUCUUUGUUCCCACCUUUUUUCCAUUUUACUCUGAUGCUUAGGAUCCAGGGGCCCUCUUGACAGCUUUCUUAAUGAGGCACAACACUGAUAUUUUACAUGAAAAAUAAACUUUGAGAUUUAAAGAACAUUUCAAGACGGUUACAGGCAUAAUAACAGUCAUAAAGUGUUGAAAUAAAUGGGGAGAUCAUUUUCUCCUGUGCAUAUAUUUUAAUACCUGGAAACCAAGUAAAAAUUAUCUCCAUAUGUUGCCUAACCAAAUAAUCGAUUAUUCAUUGGGAAUUAAAACUGUAGGCAUAACUCUGAAGGUGACCUUAACAAAAGUUGAAGGUCAGUUCACCUGUCAAAAGUGACAGUCUCCUCUAUGGGAAUUGGGCACCUAUGAUAGGUUAAGUCCACAAAUAAGUGAGACUUCCUGACAGAUUUGGGAGGCUUGCAUUGAGCAUAUGAAUGAAUUCUUGGUGAAGGGUCAUGCAUGACUUGUACAGAGGGCACUUGGAUAUAUAUCCAGUGUAUUGCUUUGAGGUGUCAGCUUUUUGCAGUUUCUUAGUUUUAAUUUUAUAUCACUGAUGUCUUAGCUGUAUUUCAAUUUUAAAGACACUUAUGAUCACUGGUUUGCUGGUGGAAUUGGAACAUUGGAAGUUUUGCACUUGAGUAGACGUGACUUUGAGUGAUGUCACCUUCAGGUGAGGGGUGUGUUACAUGCUUGGCAUCUGGAAGCCGUUACUGCCUGCCCAUCACCUUCCUGUUACUAUUUUACAGGGCAGCCCCCGACUCACUGUGUUUUCCUAGGGUCUUGAGGAGACUUGUUAUUUAGGAUGUUUUCAUUGCAUUUUAUUUCAAUGUCAAAAUGCCAGACUCAUAGGAAGAUCAUGAUAUAGUCAUGCCUCCAGUUUUAUUCUGAAAGGGUUAAUUCUAGCUGUGGUGUCCAAACACACACCACGCCGUGUGGUGUGGCCUAGAAUCAGCCACAUGUCUCCGUGGGUGCAAACCUGUGAGGCGACACUGAUACAUUUCUUGCUGUCUGUCCUAGGGUGGGGCACCAAACUCAGAAACCACAAACUUUUCUUUAGAAGCUAGCAAAAUGACUCAGCAGAUAAGGUGCUUGUUACCUAGCGUGAUGCCCUACACUGGCUGUUACAUACACAAAGCUUGCCCACUUCCCAUAGCUAAAUAAAUAAAUGUAAACACAUUGUUUUCUUGAGACAUCCUUCCUUAUACACAGAGGAUGAAUUUCACUAAUUCAGAGAUCAUUGUGCUUAAAACUUUACUGUAGUGAGGCACACGUGGCUGACACCUGUAAUCUCACAUCUUGGGAACUGGAAGUAGAAUUAAGAAUUAAAAAGUCACCCUUGACUACAUAGCGUAUUUGGGGCUAACCUAUGCAACUUGAAACCCUGUCUUAAAAACCAACUGACCAACCAGCUACCUGCCCACUAAAGCUGAACUUGCCUCUGCAGGAAAAUCAGGUGUGUUCAUCAUGCUACCAGAAGGCAAUUCAACGUGUUCAACAUGUCUUCUGAAGACUCUAUUCUGUACUUUUGUUGUUGUUAAAGUAGCAAAAGCAAAGUCAAAAGGUAAAUUAAUCGCUGAGUGGAAAGGUCCUCAUCUUAACGGGUGCCAAUCAGAACAGAGAGCACACUGUACAUCCUUAUCAGUACUUCCACCGGUGCAGCCGUGCCCUUGCAGACAUUGGGAAGGACCUCCUCACUGAUGCUUGUUCAACAAGUCUCUCCUGUGGGGAGGAGUGAUGCCAACAAUCCAGGAGCAAAUAUUGAGAGGAUACUGUUGUCAUGGUGUUUUAAUAUCGCUCUACUGAAACCAAGACAUACGAUAUUUUCCCCAAAUAUGAAAGGUGCCAGCAUCAUUUAAACUAGGCAUGGUGGCACAUACCCGUUACCCCAGUGCUCUAGAUGUGGAGGCAGAGGGAUCUGAGGUUCAAGGUCAUUCUCAGCUACAUAGUGAGUUGCAGGCCAGUCUGAGCUGUGGGAGACCUGUCUAAAACAAAAAAGGAAGGGAUGCUAAAAUUAGUUUCAGUCACAGUCUAAAAAUUAGAGUUGUGUAUCUUGUUUCCUGAACUGAUGACAGUCUAUGGUUUGUGCAGCCUCCUACAAUACUAUGUGGACUAUGGGAGGUGGGGGCAGGGAGAAAAUCCAGGACUCCUGCUUGUGUCCAGAAACCAGGUACACAGUGUCACCAGUUCCUGAAGCUUAGUCUGGUUUUUCAUCCAGAGACCCCUGGAGUUCCUUGUCAUUGUCACGUUCACAGGUCUGGCUUUUGCAUUGUAUGUUUUACCCAAUGAAGUCUGAAAGACAGGGAGGGAACGGAAGAAUGUCCCUAUAUGCUGAGAAGGAAGUAAAUUGUUGUUUUUGAAUAGUCAUAACACUUGUAGGAUAUCUGGAAUUAGGAAAGAAUUAAAAAUAAUGAAGAAAAAAGGCACUUAUAAAAGCCAGUGGGGACUAGUGGGCUAUGGCCUUCCAAGGCAAUGGCUACCUAGCUUCGCUCUGUGAAUGGGACCAAAUGAAUUCUGUGCAGGUUUAUCAGCUUGAAAUGCCUGGUUUAAUUGACUGUUUCAGUUUUUGUCAAAAAAAAAAAAUGGGAGUGAUUGUGAUCAACUUUAGAAGAUUGCAGGAAGCUCUGUUGCUUUUGUGUUUCCCUUGCAUCUUAAAUUGCUAACAUGCACAUAGUAAUGGGUAAUUUUUAAUGCACUUUCUAAAGAUUAAAUUAAGCUCAUUAUUUCUGUAGCAUUUAUUAUAUUUAGAAUGUCUUUAUGUCAGGAAAAGUAUGUGUUUUGAUCAAAUUAUGAGAUGUAGCUUUCAUUUCUGUAUCAGAGCACAUUCUAAAAUGCUUGUGUACUCACCCAUCCUGUGAGUACCUGGGUGUUUUAUACAGUUACCAUGCAUGUUCAGCAUUUCCAUAUGAUGGGUUGUUACUAUUUUAUGUGUGAAUCCCUUUUGUAGCAUUUUCCAGACACACAACAGAUACACAGACUUACAUAGGCAUUCAGCUCAGUAGAGGUUACUUCUGUUUGUAUAUAGAAUAGACAUUAAGCUUCAUCAUGUAAUUUUUUACAAUUCCAUAUGCAUGUCUAUUUGAUAAAAAUUUAGAUCUAUUAAAAUUGUUAUUUCUUUAUUUUAUGGAAUAUCUUUAGAGAUGCAUAAGCUCAGAGGUUUUGUGACACUCAUGACAUGUAUUU